GGGCCGGCCAUGGCGGAGGUGCUGGAAUUCCGGGUGCCCGCUGGCAGUGCCCACACACUGCUGGUCUGGGGGCUGGAGCCGCAGGAGGGGCUGGAGCACUCGCUGUUCUCCGCGUUCUCCAGGUUUGGGCCGCUGUACUCGGUGCGGGUGCGCGGCAACGCCGCCUUGGCAGGGCCGGGAUACUGUGCAGUCAUCAAGUUCUACUCAGCCAGGGAUGCCAGCAGGGCCCAGCGCGCCUGCAACGGGCAAAGGCUGUUUCAGAAAUGCCCCUUGAAGGUUUGUGUUUGCCCCAAGCAGAAGGGGGUUCAGCACCAAGCCCCUGCCCUCAGCAGCAACAAGUGCCAGGAGUUGGCCAACCACUACCUGGGCUUUAAUGGCUGGUCCAGUCGCAUCAUCACGCUGCAGAAAGUGUGUGGCCUGGCUGGUGAGAAUGAGGAGCUGGGGCAGAGCUGCCAGCAGGGAUGGGUGAAGUUCCUGUGUGCUCUGGAGGUGACGCUGCCGCAGCACAGGGUGCGCAGCAGGGGAGUUGCCCUGGGCCAGGCAGCCGUAGGAGAUGGGCAAGAUCCCCUCGAUCUCAUCACAGCCAUGAGAAGGGCUCAGAAGCUGGCGGUGGGCAAAGCUCUGUCUGGGGCCUUCCAGAAGAUCCUCCUCAUAGUCUUGGAAAAUGGGAAAGUGGCCGUGGAGUACAAUCCCUGCCAGGAGGAGCCCACAGACCCCUUAACAGAAGAGGAACUGAAGGGGCUUAUUCAGGUCAGUGAAUUGUCCUUGGAACAGUUUGAGCUCGAAGAAGAAGAAGUUUUGUCUGAUCUCAGUUUGGAUGAUGAGCCAUGAAACGCCCUGUUUGCUUUUCCUCCAGAUGCCCACCAGGGAAAGAAACAGGCAAUAAACCCUGUGUUACUCAAAUAAGCCCCCAAAUAUAUGCUGGGUUUGG